AUGUUUGCGCGGCUGCUGACCGUUGUAUUCGGAUAUGCGUUCGGCGUGUAUUUCUUUUACCGUGGCUUCUUGUUGACGCGUCACACGCUUACGUUGAAUAGCACAUGUGACGAGAUUUAUGGGCAGUCGACGAACGCGUCCAGCUGCUGGGGCAAGGCUCGUUUCGACCGUGCCAUUCUUUUGGUGGUCGACGCGCUUCGUUACGACUUUGUCGCAGCCCAGCCGGCGUCGACACGCGUCUACCACAACAACUUUGUGAACGUGCGGUCACUCUUGGCUAACCAGUCACGCAAUAGUCUUCUGUUACGGUUCGUCGCCGACCCACCGACCACAACGCUUCAACGGUUAAAGGCGCUCACCACCGGCAGCUUGCCGACAUUCGUCGACGCAGGCGCGAAUUUUGCCGCGUUUCCGUUUCCAUCGUUCAACGUCAAAGAUUUGGAUACGGUGGACAACGGUAUCGUGUCACAUCUGAUAUCGGAAGUGCGCAGUUCCGACUGGCAGCUACUCAUCGCCCAUUUCCUCGGCGUUGACCACUGUGGCCAUACUUACGGCCCUAACCACCCAAGAAUGGCGCAGAAGUUGCUGCAGAUGGACAGAAUCAUUAAGGAUGUGAUAGACGUUAUGGACGAUCGUACUGUGCUUUUUGUGCUGGGCGAUCACGGAAUGACGAAGACCGGUGACCAUGGCGGCGAAAGUGCAGGAGAACUCAAUGCAGCACUUUUUGUGUACAGUCAUUUAGCGCUCCACAGGCCGAUGAAGAAUCUUCGGAAAACAGUGGCUCAGAUUGAUUUUGUGCCGUCAUUGGCGUUGCUGCUUGGCGUGCCGAUACCAUUCUCAAAUCUUGGAUCCGUCAUACCAGAGCUUUUCAUGGAUGAUGAAUAUGCACUGCGAGCAUCGCGAAUCAAUAUCUAUCAGGUCAUACGUUAUACGGAGACAUAUCUAAGCAACUUUCACGAUGCGUUGCUUUCUGAGAGAUUUGCGUCGCUUCUUAACAUUUUUUACAGCUUGGAUUCGGAAGAAUUAACUGUCGAUAAAUGUUUGGAUAUCGUCGGCAAAGUCGGGCAGAUAUUCGCCAACUGUUGGGCGAAAUUUCAUUUGGGCUGGAUGAUGCUUGGCAUCCUAGCGGUUGGUGAAACUUUUUUAUGGUCGUUGGUCAGUAUCUUCGGCGACGCCGAUAGGUGGCGGAGUGACCGAACGAUUUUCUUAAAAUCUUCUAUAUUUGGAUUGUUCCUAUGGGCGGUUCUAGCCCAGAACGAAAGCAUUCCGCCGAUCAUCGGCAUAGUAUUAUGCAUGGAAGUGGCGUUGCACCUUCACACAUUGCUCCACGUGGCCUUAAACGCCGAUACAUUGCCGUCUUGCGUCGAACUCUUGACGUGCUUUGUCUUCAGUGCCCACUGUUUGUCCGCAUUUUCUAAUAGCUAUGUGGUAAACGAAGACGCGGUAUCGCAGUUCUUUUGUCAGACUCUGUUUCUCUUGUUCACGAUGAACCAUUAUGCCAAAAUGACCAAGUUUCGGACUCUGCAUCACACACGACGUCACAAGCGCCACGGCAUGCUGUACAGCAAUGGAAGUUUGCGACGGUGUUUGCAGCCUUCGGCGAUUUACUUUGCCGCCGUUGUGUUAGUGAGGUCUGGCACGCUGUUCAAAAGAUGCAGAGAGGAGCAACUUCUGUGCAGCGCCUCGUUCUUCAGCCAGCCGUUUGCCAGUCUGUUCGACCAGUCGGAGAAAGCGCAGCGUGUUGUGACUGCUCUUUUUAGUCUGUCAUGCCUGUUUUUUAUUCCUUGGUACUAUAUGAAAAAAUGUGGCCAUUUAGAUGAAGAUUCGAUUGUGGCUGUGAUAUGCGAGUUCUGUGCGAAGUGUGGCUUUGUUUUCGUUGGCAUAUUCUGGUUAGCUCAAUGGAUCGCAGAACAUGCAGUCACUGGUCCGACGACCACUCUUGUGCAAGUGGCCCCUCGCAUUGUUUACUUUGUAGCUGCUUUAUUUGUCAUACUGUACCUGUCGAAUCCGUUAUUUCUGUCCGUGUUCUAUCCAGAUUUGACCGGUUUCCCGGUAGGCAGUAACACAGACGUUCCUGAUGUGUUCAGAUUUCUUAGGUCAAACUGGAAACAUCUGUGCGACUGGCAGCAGGACAAGACAGUCUGUGUCGCUGGCUUUGCAACCGCGUUCAGUGGUAGUUUCGUUACUUUGUUCCGAAACAUUUCUAUUGUUGCAGUCCUCGUUCUUGGUGACGGAUUCAGCUUUUCGAUGGUCACUCUAUUUGUGCUGUUGCUAUCACUGUCUGAUCUCAACUCAGAUUCGUUGGUCUCAUCGACGGUGUUCUUAUGCGAGAUAUGCUAUCGUUACUUCUAUGCGUUCGGUCACCAACCAUGUUUUUCCUCUAUUCCGUGGGAGGCUGCGUUUAUUGGAGUUCCCGGGAACGUUGCUUGCAACUUUGUUCCAGCCUUCUUAAUUGUUUUCCAUGUCGCAGCCAGUGUAGUUUUGUGCGUUUUCGCAGUUCCGUUGCAGAUCGUCUGGAAAAUGUGUCGACGGAAGCACUUUAUGACAAACUUUUCGACCAAAAACGAAGUUGAGUAUGUAAUGCACGAAAGUGGUUUCGAGAAAGACUUGUUGCGCUGUGACCUCAUUUUCCUUGCUUCGUUGGGAUUGAAGACGUUAUUCGUCAUGAUGGCGGCAGCUAUUCAUCGGCGUCAUCUGAUGGUUUGGAAAAUAUUCGCCCCCAAGUUUUUGUUCGAAGCAACGCUGUUGCUU